AUGACCCCUCCGACACAGGAAACCAGGGAGAGACCCCCGCCGACACAGGGAAACCAGGGAGAGACCCCCGCCGAAACCGGAACCAGGGAAGACCCCGCCGACACAGGAAACCAGGGGAGAGACCCCGCCGAAACAGGAAACCAGGGAGAGACCCCGCCGACACAGAAAACCAGGGAGAGACCCCGCCGACACAGAAAACCAGGAGAGGACCCCCGCCGAAACAGAAAACCAGGGAGAGACCCCCGCGACACAGGAAACCAGGGAGAGACCCCGCCGAAACAGACAACCAGGGAGAGAUCCCCGCCGAGACAGGAUAAAACAGUGGAGAAACCCCCGCCGACACAGGAAAACAGGGAGAGACCCCCGCCGACACAGAAAACCAGGGAGAGACCCCGCCGACACAGGAAACCAGGAGAGACCCCGCGACACCAGAAAAACGGGAGAUGA